UAUCGAAUGUUCGAUACGUAUAGUCAUUGUUUCCAAUAGUAUCAUGUUUUAAUGUUGAAAUGAAAACAAUUGCAAAUUUUCUCCAAGUGCGAUCCUAAAAUAGCGCGCACGGGACGAGGAAUUGACUAAGAUGUCCUUGUCCUUUAACCUUGACAAGCCCAGUGGCAUCUCCGCUUAUCAAAAGCAGGAUAGUAACGAUAAGGAUAAACUGUUAGUUUUACCAGGAGCAGCAGCAACAUCAACAAAUCAGAGGCACAACAUGAGCAUUUCUUGGAUUCGCCAAUGUCGGCACUACAAGUGCAUAGUGCUGAUAUUGAUGCUUUUGGUGCUGCUGCCGCUUCUUGCUCACCGCAAGUUGCUCAAUGCUGAACAGGAUACACCGCCCGCUGAUGUACAUCGCAGCCGCCCACUGUUGGACGCCUAUGAAGACUUCAGCACCAUGCGAGCUGGUGACCUAAAAAUGCGCAUCGAGGAGAUGCUGAGAAUUAAGAGCACUGUAUCUGUGGAGUUGCGUGAAUUGGAGUCACGCCGCCAGAAACUGCAGUCGGACAUUAGUCAAUACAACCAGAAGAUUGAGGAACUUAAACAAGAACUUUUACGGGAACAAACGGAACUGGAGCGUCUAAAGAUAUCCGUGGAGCAAGCACAAGUGGCACAGCGCGAGGCCGUACAACGCAACACGCCCGAACUGGCUUUGCCACGCACCCUGUUGCCCAGCGCAUUGCCGCGCAAGAUGAAUGCGGUCAGCACCGGCAUUGCUGCUGCUUGUCAAAUGCACAAUUGCUUUGAUCACUCGCGCUGCAGUCUCACCUCUGGCUUCCCAGUCUAUCUAUACGAUCCGGAUGUGCAUAAUGUGCAGCGUGCUGGCUACGAUAUCGAUGGAUUUUUGAAGACCACCCUAAAGCAGACGCUGGGAUACAAUGCACAUAUUGUGCGAGACCCCAAGCAGGCAUGCAUCUAUCUUGUGCUCGUGGGUGAGGCACUUUUGGAACAGGAUCUGCUGCGCAACAACCGCUAUGCAGCGCAAGAGGCUGAGCAGCAGCUGCAACAACGCUCCACUCCUGCUAAUCAUGCCACGAAUUCGCCCAUCGAUGUACAGAAGCUGUACCAAUUGCCCCACUGGGGUGGCGAUGGACGUAAUCAUGUGCUUUUGAAUCUGGCAAGACGUGACUUGAACUCGGCACGGACUAAUCCGCUGCUGCAACUCAAUACAAUGCGUGCCAUCAUCGUGCAGAGUUCAUUUGAGCGUGAGCAGUUUCGACCCAACUACGAUCUCAUUGUGCCGCCCAUUUUGGGUCCACCAGGCGGAGAUGUGUGGCAGGAGUGCGCCAGCAUGGUGCCCGCGCGUCGCAAGUUCUUGCUAACGUUCCAGGGCGAGCUGCGUCCCGCCUUGAAUGCACAGUCAGCGGGUCAUCCGUUGGAUGACUUUAUAUUGGAGCAUCUGAAGGAUAUGUCGCGCAGUGCCACACAGGAUCAGUUCCUGUUGCAAUUUCAAUGCGUGCCCGCCACCGAAGUACAGGACACAGGCGCCCAGCCCGACUGGACGCUCUGCGGCUCCGAUUCGUCACGCAAGCAGUUGCUAAAGGACUCCACGUAUGCGUUGAUUUUACCCCCAUUGGGUCAACGAGUCAGUUCGACUUUGAUGACGGCGCGUCUCUAUGAAGCCUUGCGCUCUGGUGCCGUGCCUGUGAUCUUGGGGGCCGAUGAGCUGCAUCUGCCGUAUGCCGAGACAAUUGACUGGCGUCGCGCUACAUUGCUAUUGCCCAAGGCACGCAUCACGGAGCUGCAUUUCCUGCUGCGUGCUGUUCAGGAUGCGGACUUGCUUCUGCUGCGUCGCCAGGGUCGUCUCAUCUGGGAACGUUAUCUGAGUUCAGUGCAGGCGACAGUGGACACAGUUAUCGCCAGCAUGCGUGAUCGACUUGGCAUACCGCCACGUCCGGUGGCUUCGGUGGUUGCCCAGAGUGUUUUCAACAACACCUUUAUACCGUUAAAGUCGGAGCCACCCGUGGGCAUGGACACAGAGCCGGAGGAGUCCCUAGGACCCAUUGAGCCACCUUAUGCGAGUCCAGCCUUUCGUCGCAACUAUACAAUUUUGCGUAUGCACUCUAAAGAAGCUUGGAACGAUUGGAUGGAUCCGUUCUUCCUUUACCCGCAGCUACCAUUCGAUCCGGCGUUGCCUUCGGAAGCCAAAUUCAUGGGUUCACACACAGGAUUCCGACCGAUUGGCAAGGGAAUUGGAGGCGCCGGUAAGGAAUUUAGCGAAGCACUGGGCGGCAAUUAUCCACGCGAACAGUUCACCAUUGUAAUCCUAACGUAUGAGCGAGAACAGGUGCUCAUGGACUCCCUGGGUCGCCUCUACGGUCUCCCCUAUCUGCACAAGGUGGUCGUCGUGUGGAAUUCGCCGAAGCCACCGCUGGACGACUUACGCUGGCCAGACAUUGGAGUGCCGGUGGCUGUUGUAAAGGCUCCGCGAAAUUCGCUCAACAAUCGCUUUCUUCCAUUUGAUGUGAUUGAAACUGAGGCUGUACUUUCGGUAGAUGACGAUGCCCAUUUGCGGCAUGACGAGAUUCUCUUUGCCUUCCGAGUGUGGCGCGAGCAUCGCGAUCGUAUCGUUGGUUUCCCGGGACGUUAUCAUGCCUGGGACUUGAGCAGCAACUACAUGUGGCACUACAACUCGAACUACAGUUGUGAACUGAGCAUGGUGCUGACGGGUGCCGCCUUUGUCCACAAAUACUACAUGUAUCUGUAUAGCUAUCACUUGCCGCAGGCCAUACGCGAUAAAGUGGAUGAGUACAUGAACUGUGAGGACAUUGCCAUGAAUUUCCUUGUCUCGCAUCUGACGCGUAAGCCGCCCGUCAAGGUUACCUCACGCUGGACCUUCCGCUGUCCCGGCUGUCCGGUGUCAUUGAGCGAGGACGACACACACUUUCAGGAGCGACACAAGUGCAUCAACUUCUUCAGCCAGGUCUUUGGCUACACCCCGCUGCUGAACACGCAAUAUCGCGCUGACUCCAUUCUGUUCAAGACGCGCAUUCCGCACGAUAAACAGAAGUGCUUCAAGUACAUUUAGUUUGUCCAACUCUGUUGCACAUAUCAUCCAGCGGACGUACUUAUACGGACUCUGAUCCUUUUGCUGAUUGUUAGCUCGUAAGGCGGAUGGGAUGGGAUUGAAUCGAAACCGGAAUCGAUUCGCUUGUAUAUAACCGAAACAAGGCCAUUUAUUCAAUUAGCUACGAUCGAAAAGAUCGUAAGGCAACUACGCGACUAACUACACUCGAUUAUACUGAAUUUAACUAUACAUAUUAUGCUUAUGUAAACUUUGUCGUUUUUCAUCUUUUGAGAUUACUUUUGCUCGCUGCAAAAUAUUGACUGUACAGUUGUAGUUCGCUGAUUGGAAUACUAUCUUACAAAUAAUCAAACGAUCGUACACUGUACUUAGAAUAUGUAAAUAUAUUACUAUAACGGGAAGCUUCGGCUUGUUGAAGCACAAUUUUGAGUUAUCCAAAGAGCUUGUAAGACUUUCACUAACCUUAAUUUCUGUCCAAAAUCAACAGUCGAUUUUGUAUAUAGUCUAAAGUGUGUAAGUCAUCGAUGUUCUUGUAUUAGAUUUUAAUUUUUUGAUAAACAAAUCUAUGAAUGUACGCCCUAGCAAUAAAAUAAUUUUAAUUCCGAAAGCAAAUACAGACUCUAGUGCAACUUAUUUGUGUAUGUUUGCCUUUAUUAAUCUAAGCAAAUAACCUUAGAAAUAUGAGCAAUAGGGUGAUUACCCCUAUUAGGAAAUUUUAUUAAGGAAUCAUAAAGUAAUAAUCAUAAAAUUUAUUCAUUCCAAUAUUUACUUGAUUGUAUAUCUAUCUAUCAGUUAAUGUGUUAUCUGUGAAUAAUUAAUGAAUGCGAGCCAGUCACUGUUUCAUUUUGGGAAUCGCAUGAUUUUCGACGUAUUAUGAUUGCGCACGAUUCUAUUUAAUGAAUCUAAAAUGAUUUAUCGUGCGUACAUUAAAUGUAUACGGAUUCUAUCUAGACUCUUUUAGAAUGUUGAGCUCAUAAAUCAAAUAAAUGAAGUAAAUUAAUAUACGUAGAUACACUUAAUUAAUUUACCUUUUGAAAUAAUGGUAUCUCACUAACUAUAACUUUAGGUAUUAAUACAGACAAACAGAAUAAUCCUAUCAUCGCUAUCACAAAGAUUACACUCAACUAACAUAUCAAUCAAAUGGAUUGAUUAACGUUAAGGUUGGCAAGUGUAGAAAAUGCAUUUGUUUUCUCUUCAUAUGUGUAAUAUAU